AUGCUGGGCGUGGCGGCCUUGGGCUUGCUGCGCGUGGCGCUUGCAGGGGCCCCUCUCGGCGAUGACGUCGCCUUGCUGCAGACAGACUCGACGCCCUUGGGGAGGCUCGGCCUCCCGGAGGAGACUGGGCUCCUGGCGCGGCCCCGCAUGCCGCACGUGCCAGGCCGCUUUGGCGGCCACCUGGACCACGGCGUCCAGCCGGCAGGCGACCGCCGCCCGUGCCUGGGGCACGCGAGCGGCCACAACUGCAGCCAGUGCCCCUCGCCCCCGGGGGCCGGCGAGGGGAGGAGCGGUCGGGCCCCCGAGGGUGCCGAGGCGCCGCUGCAGAGGACCGACAGGAUCGCCGUCUUCGCGCAGGUCUUCAACCAGACGAUCUGGGGCGAGAUCCGCGACUGCAUCGCGAACGUGGGGCAGGCAAGGGGGGCGCGCACGGUGGACGUGUACGUCGCGGUGGUGCGGGAGGCUCCCGGCAUAGCCGCGGAGCUGCAGAGGAUGAAAGACAGCGGCUCGGUGUCGCAGGCGGCGGUGCAGCUGGUGAGGAAUCAGGGCGCUGACAUCGGUCAGUUCAUGCAGCAGAUCAAGGAGCUGCGCGGGGAGUACGACCUCGUGCUCAAGAUGCACAGCAAGACGGGGAACCUGUGGCGCAAGUCCAUGCUCGGCAGCCUGUGUGGCAGCCCUGGCCAGGUCCAAAAAAUUUGGCAGCAGUUCGAGGGCAACGCCAACCUCGGCAUAGUGGGCCCGCCAGCAUGGACGUGGACGUACCCGUCGGACGUGAAGGAGGUUCUGCGGUCGAAGCUUGUGGGCAGCGAGGCGCAGACAGACUGGGUGCCUCCACAGCGGAUGCAGAACUGGAUGAAGAUAGCAUGGGGCGUCAUCUUCCCAUGCGAGAUGCCCACCGACUUCCCAGAUGUCAAGGAGUUCGGUUUGCUGGCAGGCUCGACAUAUUGGUCGCGCGCGUACCCUCUGCUGCAGAAUAGCGCGCUGCGGACCGCAAUUCCGACCUUCCUGAAGAUGUUCGGGCAGGGGUAUCACACAGGGUGCGACACAGACUCUUGCCACCACAUGUACGCGCUGGAGAGGGGCUGGAUGCCCAGGACCACCGACAAGGUGGGCGGCCACGCGUGGAAAACGGGGGACCACCAGGGCGCGGCCCCCGCCUCGGGGGACCACCGGCCCGCCCCGCCGCGCAAGGGCGUCUUCCGGUGA